GGUGUAUUUCUGUAUUUUGUUUUCAUGCAAAAAGUACACGUACGGCGGAGGAUCGGAUUUUGGGUGUAAAACAUUAUAUUAAAGCCGCCAUAUCCAUGACCAAUUGAAAUAGAAAUGCUGCGCGUACGUCGACGUUUUGCGCUGGUAAUUAGCUCGGGAUGCUUGCUGGUGUUUCUCAGCCUCUAUGUGUUUCUGAACUUUGCAGUGCCGGCGAUAAAUCAGAAAAAGCUACCAAGUUAUUCGGCACUUGAAAAUAAAUUGCAUGAACUUGAAAACGAUCUGCAGGAACAUGGCCAGGAGAUGCGCAGAUUACGUGCACGCCUUGCCAAAGGUUCAGAGGAACAGGCAAAGAGGCAACAACCGCCACUAAAUGCUGGAGAAUGCAUCGAUUUGGUACAACAAGUUCCCGAGGUGGAUGUGCAAAUGCUUGAGCUUUACGACCAAAUGUCCUUUAAAGAUGUCGAUGGCGGCGUUUGGAAGCAGGGUUGGAAUAUCAAAUACGAUCCGCUAAAGUAUAAUUCACAUCAUCAGCUCCAGGUAUUCGUGGUACCGCAUUCACACAACGAUCCCGGAUGGAUACAGACGUUUGAAGACUACUAUCAGCACGAUACCAAGCAUAUUCUGUCCAAUGCUUUGCGUCAUUUGCACGAGAAUCAGGAUAUGAAAUUUAUUUGGGCUGAAAUUUCAUAUUUUGCUCGUUUCUAUGAAGAUCUUGGAGAGCAUAAUAAAGAGCAGAUGAAGGCAAUUGUGAAGAAUCGCCAAUUGGAAUUUGUCACUGGUGGCUGGGUAAUGCCCGAUGAGGCGAAUUCGCAUUGGCGUAAUGUAUUACUGCAACUGACUGAGGGACAAACAUGGCUGCGUCAACAUUUAAAUGUCACACCCACAUCUUCCUGGGCAAUUGAUCCAUUUGGACACAGUCCUAGUUUGCCAUAUAUACUACAAAAGAGCGGCUUAAAGGAUUUGCUUAUUCAACGUACACAUUACUCCGUAAAGAAGCAGCUGGCCCAAACAAAGCAGUUGGAAUUCCACUGGAGGCAAUUGUGGGACACCACUGGUCAAACGGAACUCUUCACUCACAUGAUGCCUUUCUACUCUUAUGAUAUACCACAUACAUGCGGACCAGAUCCCAAAGUGUGCUGUCAAUUUGAUUUCAAGCGUAUGGGAGCCUUCGGUCUUAACUGCCCGUGGCGUGUGCCGCCUCGUGCUAUCGAUGAGAACAAUGUGGCCUCUCGUUCCGAAUUGAUUGUUGAUCAGUGGAAGAAAAAGGCGGAACUCUAUCGUACCAAUAUGUUGCUGGUACCGCUUGGCGAUGAUUUUCGCUACAAACAGAGCACCGAAUGGGAUGUUCAGCGCAUUAACUAUGAGAAGCUGUUUGAGCACAUCAAUUCCCAUCCAGAUUUUCAUGUCAAAGCCCAGUUCAGUACUCUGCAGGAAUACUUUAAGGCAGUGCAUGAAGAGGACCAAUCAUUUCCUUCUCUAAGCGGCGAUUUCUUCACCUAUGCUGAUAAGACGGACAACUAUUGGAGUGGUUAUUUCACAUCUAGACCAUAUCAUAAGCGAAUGGAUCGAGUGCUUAUGCAUUAUGUGCGCUCGGCUGAAAUGCUGCAUUCCUGGCAUCAUUGGGAUGAGAUUGCCUCUGGAGUUUUUGAUCAAAAGUUGCAACAGGCUCGACGGGACUUAUCGUUAUUCCAACAUCAUGAUGGCAUAACUGGGACAGCCAAGUCCCAUGUGGUAAUCGACUAUGAGCAACGCUUGAUUGAGGCUCUUAGAGGUUGCCAAUUUGUGAUGCAGCAAGCCGUCUAUCGGCUACUAACUAAGCCCUCCAUCUACAGUCCAGACUAUAACUUUGCCUACUUUAGCAUAGAUGACUCUCGCUGGCCUGGAUCAGGUGUGGAAGACAGUCGAACUACCAUUAUACUUGGGGAGGAGCUGCCCACUAAGCAUGUCGUUAUUCAUAACACUCUGCCCCGUUGGAGAGAGCAAAUGGUAGACUUUUAUGUAUCGAGUCCUUUUGUUAGCGUCAGUGAUUUGAGUGGAAAUCCUAUUGAAGCUCAAGUAUCUCCUGUUUGGAGCUGGCAUCAUGAUACACUUACCAAGACAAUCCAUCCGCAAGGCUCAACAACGAAAUAUCGCUUAAUAUUUCAGGCCCGCGUGCCACCCAUGGGUCUGAGUACUUAUCUGCUAACUAUGGCUGAUUCCAAACCAGAGCACACGUCAUACGCAUCGAAUCUCUUACUGCGCACUAGUCCGAUAUCCAUACGUUUGGGUCAGUAUCCGGACGAUGUGAAAUUCGCUGAUCACCGUGAAAUCUCUCUCCGAAUGGGGAAUGGGGGCCCCACAUUGGCUUUCUCCGAGAUGGGAGUGCUCAAGUCAAUGCAGCUAACUCCGGAUAGUCCGCAUGUGCCGGUACAUCUAAAGUUCCUGAAAUACGGAACUCGACAACAUGGUGACCAUUCUGGUGCAUAUCUAUUCCUGCCCAAUGGCCCAGCUUCGCCUUUAUUGACUUUUGGCCCCGUCGUCCUUGUGAGCGAGGGUAAAUUGGAAUCGUCGGUUAGUGUGGGCUUACCCCAAGUGGUACAUCAGACCAUUCUACGAGCUGGCAGUGUAGCUCCUGAGAUUCGCAACUUGGUAGACAUUGCCGAAUUAGACAAUACGGAAAUUGUGAUGCGAAUACAGACGCAUAUCGAUAGCGGUGAUGUGUUCUACACGGAUCUUAAUGGAUUGCAGUUGAUAAAGCGCCGGCGCUUUGAGAAGCUACCACUGCAGGCCAACUAUUAUCCGGUGCCAUCGGCCAUGUUUAUUGAGGACGCUAAUAUGCGGUUAACAUUACUAACGGGUCAACCGCUGGGCGGAUCGUCGCUAGCGUCUGGUGAAAUGGAAAUAAUGCAGGAUCGACGUCUGGCCAGUGAUGACGCACGCGGCUUGGGGGAAGGAGUGUUGGACAACAAACCAGUGCUACAUAUUUAUAGUUUGGUUCUCGAAAAGACAAAUACUUGUGGACGUUUACCCGAAACACAUCCCUCGGGUUAUUUAACAAAAGCUGCGCAUCGGGAAUCUCAGUCACUGUUGGAUCCAUUGGAUAAAUUCAUAUAUGCGGAAAACGAAUGGACUGGGGCACAGGGUCAAUUCGGAAGUGAUCAUAUGUCUGCUAACGAUGAUCUCGAUGUUGUUGUGAUGCGCCGUCUCAGUAAGAGCAAGGCCAAGGCGCAACGAGUGGGCUUUGUGCUUCAUCGCACAAGUCUAGUGCAAUGCAGUUCCGAGUCUCAAGCGGAAAAGUUUAAUGUAUGCCUCGUGCUGGCUCACACAGCUCGUUGUGAGCGAUCCACUAUUACUUUCCUGGACACACUGGGACUAAUUGAGUCUAAGAUGGCACCAGCACUGUGUCCCAUGGACACUGAAGCCUAUGUGGCAACUACCAAUGCCAAUACCAACAAUCAGUCGAGCUGAUUGGGCAAAUAACGCGUAUAAAAAUAGCAGGAACAAUUAGAAACGUAUGAAUCUCUUGA